AUGUCUCAUUUCUACCUAUGCUUACUUCUUGCUGGGGUUUGUGCUUUUGCCAACUGUCAUGCCAAUUUACCCUAUAAAAAGAUAGCCCCAGGCAAUUCUGAGUUUGCCUUUAAAUUCUACCACCAGGUUACUCCAGGGGUUGCUAAUAAGAACAUUUUUUUCUCUCCUCUGAGCAUUUCCACUGCCUUUGCCUUGCUCUCCCUGGGGGCUAAAUCUACAACACUGAGUCAGCUUUUGUCAGAGCUUGGUUUUAACCAGACUGAGAUCAGCGAGCAGGAAAUACAUAGAGGUUUCCGUCAUCUUCUCCAUGUGCUAAACCGCCCUGAGGCUGAAAUCCAGCUGAGCAUUGGGAAUGCCCUAUUCCCAGAUGAGAAAUUGAAUGUACUGAAGAAGUUCUUGAGAGAUGCCAAACAUUUUUAUCAGGCUGAUGUUUUCCCCACUAACUUCAAGAAUUCUGCAGAAGCUGAGAAACAGAUCAAUAGCUACAUAAAGGAGAACACUCAUGGGAAAUUAGUUGAUGUUGUCAAGGGUCUUGAUCCAGAAGUUGUAUUGGUUCUUGUAAAUUAUAUUUUCUUGAAAGCUUACUGGGAAAAUCCUUUUGAUAAAGAGAGCACUCGAGAAGGCGACUUCUUUGUGGAUGAGCAGACAAUAGUGAAAGUUCCUAUGAUGAUCAAAGAUAGUGCUUUUAACCAUUACUAUGAUGAGGGUCUGUCCUGUACAGUGGUGCAGCUCCUUUACAAAGGCAAUGCUUCAGCAUUGUUCAUUCUGCCCGAUCACGGGAAACUGAAGCAGGUGGAAGAUGCUCUCGGGAAAGACCUUUUGUUAAAAUGGGGGAAAUGGUUGGAAAAAGGGAGAAUAGAACUCCACCUUCCAAGGUUUUCGCUGUCUAGUAGCUAUGAUCUUGAAGAGAUACUAAGAAGAUUGGGGGUUACUGAGGUAUUCACAGACCAAGCAGACCUCUCUGGAAUUACUGGGAAGCCUGAGCUGAAGGUUUCCAAGGCUAUUCACAAAGCUUAUUUAAACAUCCAUGAGAAUGGCACUGAAGCAGCGGCUACCACUGUCAUUGAAAUUGUCCCCAUGUCCCUCCCUGAUGUGGUUAAAAUGAACAGACCUUUCCUAUUGGCGAUUGCUGAAGAGUCUACCAGCUCCAUUUUAUUCUUAGGCAAAGUUAUCAAUCCUGUUCAGAAGUAA